AUGCGUGUUGGCCUUGAAGUCGAUAGUUAUAUAUAUACGUGGGGCGAAAAAUAUACGUACGGACGAACCAGUGACCUCACCAAUCUUGUCGUGGUGGUCCUGGUAUCCUGCGUGCUAGGACUCAUCAUCGUGGCCACGGUUGUCGGAAACGUGUUCGUCAUCGUGGCCAUCUUUAUGGAGCGGAAUCUGCGCAGCGUGGGCAACUACCUGGUGCUGUCUCUAGGAGUAGCGGACCUUAUGGUGGCGUGCCUAGUGAUGCCCCUGGCGGCCGUGGCCGAAGUGAGCCAGGAGUGGGCACUGGGUCCGGCACUGUGCGACGUCUGGACAUGCUGCGACGUGCUCUGCUGUACCGCGUCCAUCCUACACCUGCUGGCCAUCGCGAUGGACCGCUACCGGACUGUGGCCCAAGUUGACUACGUGCGCCAGCGAAACGCCCGCCAGGUCGGCUUCAUGAUCCUCCUCGUCUGGGCUGUCGCGCUGGCUGUGUCUGUGGCCCCGGUGUUCGGAUGGAAGGACCCGGACUUCCAGCACCGCGUCCAGGUAAACCGUAUAUGCCUGGUGAGCCAAGACGUCGGCUACCAGAUCUUCGCCACUUGCUCCACAUUUUACGUGCCUCUCAUUCUGAUCCUGCUCCUCUACUGGCGCAUCUACCAGGUGGCCAGACGACGCAUCCGGCACAAGCCCGGCAGCAAGGUGCCUCAGAUCAUGGCCAAGAGUCCGUCGUCAAACGUGGAAAUCUCCGUAAUCGUGGCCGGCAACAACCACAGCCCGAACUCGUGUAGCGGCGGGACCACCACGCAGGAGUCUGACAUCUCGCGAAACAACGACGGGGCACCGCUGCGGCCACCGCCCGCACAGCAGGGCGGCAAAGACCGCAGGCAGUUCACGACCCGGGAGUCGCUCGAGUCGAAGAGGGAGCGCAAGGCGGCCAAGACGCUUGCCAUCAUCACGGGCGUGUUCGUCAUCUGCUGGAUGCCCUUCUUUGUCAAUGUGCUGCUCAUGACUCUCUGCACGUCGUGUUCGUCCGGCGGUUACGCGUUCAGCGUCUUCCUGUGGCUCGGCUAUGUGAACUCCAUGCUCAACCCUAUCAUCUACACCAUCUUCAGCCCCGACUUCAGGAACGCAUUUCGCAAGCUGCUCUGCGGUAGGCAGCCGCCUUUCGGUGUCAAGCGAUAG